AUGGUGGAUAGUUUCACUGGAAUCGCUUCAUUACCCAAUGAGCUCCUCAUCAAUGCUCUCUCACUCUUUUCUACCCGUCAACUCCUUCCUCUCGCAUGUACCUGCCAUCGUUUCCAUGAUCUCAUAAUCCGAAUCGUACAUCAUCGCCUUAUCGCAGCGGCAUCUUUAAAGGAUCACAAAUUGGUCCUCGAAUGCUUUCAUCCUUCCACGAAGCUCAUUACUCCAUAUCUCUUCUGCGAUUAUCUUGGCACAGAUGGACUGAGUGAUGACGUGGUCGGAGAGGGAGAACUAUACAAUGAUGUCAAUGAUACUGGUAGAUUAGGCAAGAUGUCCAGUCUAUAUUCGCACUUCAGACCAGUUCAACCGGAAGACAGAAUGGUAUGGACACGGAAUCCAGCAGGCGCUGCAAGACCAGGCCUUUUACCAAAAUCUGAGGAAGAGCUUGUCUCCCACAACGUCGAUCUCGAAUCGCAUGAGCUUUUCUCACAACUUUGUACCAUCACCAAUAUUGUCAAAGUUGGCCCAAAACGAGGAUUGUUCUUAAGCUGUGUUAACCUUGGUGAGGGAGUUAUACGAGUAUUUAGAGACUGGCUGUCUGAUCGAGUUGACGCGAACGAGAGGCAAAUUGAUACUCCAGAGGAAUGUGAAAAGCGGCUCUUGUGGGUAGACUCAGGAAAGCAUAUUGGAUUAAGGUUAAAAGUCCUUAAGCGGGAAGAGGCACCCGCACCAAUUUUGCUUCGUCGUGGUGAGGAAGCUCCUGCCUUUUAUAAGCUUCAAUAUGAAGAAUUGGUUAUAAGAACAACACAGCUUCUUCUCAAUGUCGAAGAAUCAAUGACGAGGGAGGUUGAAAACUCAGGUAAAGCAAUCGUAAUAGGAUCUUGGGAUUAUUAA